GCGCUGCGCGGAAUGAAUGGGGCUGCGGGGGGUGUCCGGGGCGUGUUGCGCGUUUCUCGGUGGGUCCGUGGCCCCCGGCACCCGCCGAACGGUGGCGGCCGAAACCGCGGAGAACUCCCGGCAGCCUGCCUCUGCAAAGUGGUACGACCGGAGGGACUAUGUCUUUAUUGAGUUCUGUGUUGAAGACAGCAAAGACGUAAAUGUAAAUUUUGAAAAGUCCAAACUCACGUUCAGUUGUCUUGGAGGAAGUGAUAACUUUAAACAUUUAAAUGAAAUCGACCUUUUUAAUAAUAUCGAUCCAAAUGAAUCAAAGCAUAAAAGAACAGACAGAUCCAUCUUGUGUUGUUUACGAAAAGGAGAGUCUGGUCAGGCAUGGCCAAGGUUAACAAAAGAGAGGGCAAAGCUCAACUGGCUCAGCGUGGACUUCAACAACUGGAAAGAUUGGGAAGAUGAUUCAGAUGAAGACAUGUCCAAUUUUGAUCGCUUUUCUGAGAUGAUGAACAACAUGGGAGGAGACGACGACGUAGACUUGCCAGAAGUAGAUGGGGCAGAUGAUGACUCACCAGACAGUGAUGAUGAGAAAAUGCCAGAUCUGGAGUAAGGCAAACUGUCGUCUUCAGGGUUUUGGGGAAAGAAGUUCAUCACAACAUUUCAUAAUUGAGAUAAGAAUUCCUGAGUUGAUAGCCCUAAAGGGAGAUCCUGCAUCCUUUAACCCAUUUUCAGUCCAUUUUAAAUGGCUUCACUGAUGGUAGGUGUGUCCCAUGGCACGGGGCGGUCUUAAAGCCACGAGAGGCAAUAACGUUAUGCAUGAACCGUUUUCCAGACUUCCAAAAAAACAAAAAACAAAAACAACAAAA